AAUACCUUGUAUAUACACUGUGGUCACAGUCAAGGCUGAAUGCUUGAACGAAACGCACGCGUUCGGACAUAAUUUGUAGCAUCGUUGAUAAUCCAAUCGUGUUUUAAAUAAAGUGUUGUGAAAUAUUUUUUGUAUGUGUGAAUUGGAUUUUUUUAGUGAACAAUGAAGCUCAGUAUCCUGUUACUCCUGGGCGUGGUGGCGCACUGCCACGGCUACCACAUCAUCACCAUGUUCCCCAUGCCCUCACACAGCCACAACCAGCUCGCCAAGGGCAUCGUGGAUGCUCUGCUUCAGGGAGGACAUACCGUGACCUGGGUGACACCGUUCCCGGAGAAGGCAGAUAAGAACAACCCCAAGUUGAAGUUAAUUGACAUCAGCCCAGUACGACGCCAUGUUGCAAACAUAGACAUGACGGAUCCGACUCACAACAACGCCGGCAUCUCCUUCAUCAAGGAAAUGUCUGCCAACAUGUCUCUGGAGAUGCUGAACACUCCAGCUGUGAAGGAAGCAUUGCUGAAGGGAAAAUUUGAUGCCGUUGUCACUGAGAAUUUCUUCUGUGACUUCUUAGCUGGCAUCCCAGCAGUACUCCAAGUACCCUGGAUCCAGCUAGCCGCCACGCAGCUGCACCCCGACAUAGAGGCACAGGUAGACGAGGUGCGCUCCGUGCCCACCAUCCCUCUCAUGUUCAACCCCUCAGGGAUCCCCAUGUCCUUCGCCAGCAGAGCGAUCAACGCCAUGAUUUAUUCUAUGAUGACUGUUUAUCAAUGGUCUGGUAGAGCAGCCACCAUCAAGCAGUACGAAGACUUGUUCGCCCCCAUCGCCGCAGCGAGAGGAGUGCCGCUCCCUCCCUUCGACGAUGCGUUCCACAACGUGUCCAUCACCCUGGUGAACUCCCACGAGUCCCUGACUCCUGCGUUCACAACUCCUCCCAAUGUCAUCAGCAUCGCUGGUUACCACAUGGAUGAGAACAUUCCACCUUUGCCCAAGGACUUGCAAGAACUGCUGGACGGAUCACCUCAAGGUGUGAUCUACUUCAGCAUGGGCUCAGUCCUGCGCUCAUCAGCUUUGAAGCCUCACACCCGUGCCGCUUUGCUGAAGCUGUUCGCCUCCCUCCCUUACACAGUGCUGUGGAAGUUUGAGGAGCCUCUGAAGGACCUCCCCCCUAAUGUCCACGUCAGGUCUUGGAUGCCUCAGCCUAGUAUUCUUGCUCACCCCAACGUAAAAGUCUUCAUCACCCACGGAGGUCAGCUCAGUUCUCUCGAAGCUGUGCGAGCUGGAGUACCACUCCUGGCUGUACCGGUGUUCGGAGACCAGCCCGCUAAUGCUGAGAGGGCCAGGCGCAGCGGGUAUGCUCUGAAGGUGGACUUCUCGCCAGACAUGGUGCCUGAGUUGGAAGUAGCUUUGAAGGAGAUCUUGAGUAAUGACCAAUACUCAAAACGCGUGAAGUACCUGUCCAAGGUGUUCACGACUCGCCCCACCACUCCCAAGAAGUUAAUCAACCACUACGUAGAACUAGCCAUCGAGACUAAAGGAGCCCUGCAUCUACGCUCGAUGUCCCUGCAAUACAAAUGGUACGAGCGCUGGAUGUUAGAUCUCAUGCUCGCCGUACUUGUCACGCUCGCGAGCAUAGUAGCUCUGCUCGUGUUCGCAGCAAAGAAAGCGAUAAGCAAAGUCACGGGUAAAAAGGUGUAUAAAGAUAAAUCUAGUAAAAAGAAAAGGAAUUAGUAUUUGUUUUUUGUGAUUGUACUUAAUUUAAGUAUUUAUAGUGUAAGGUUUAGAUUUUUUUUAUAAAUUAUGAAGAAUUAAAUUAAAUAUAGAUCUUAUUUUUUUAUAUAUAAAAAA